AUGGGACAACUCUACACGAUGAUGCUGGAAUACAAUAAUCUGCACGCUCUCGAAGCGGGCACCUUCUCCGGAUUGAGAAAAGUGUCCAAUCUUGAUCUAGAAUACAAUAGCAUCGGCCGCAUCGAUGCUGGGGCCUUCGAAAACACAGACGGCAUUACUUUCUUGAAACUAUUUAAGAACAAGCUAACUUCUAUUAAAGCCGGAGCAUUCGCGGGAUUAAACAAGCUAGAGGCAAAAACCCCGCUGGACUGCAGCUGCCUCGGCUGGUUACUGAGUAAGCCGUUCGACGUCCACGGACUUUGCCACGCGCCGGCAGACGUGGCAGGAGAGUCGCUUGGAACCCUUGACCCUUCCGACCUUCACUGCCCGGCGGGAAGACACAACCCGCUGGACUGCAGCUGCCUCGGCUGGCUACUGAGUAAGCCGUUCGACGUCCACGGACUUUGCCACGCGCCGGCAGACGUGGCAGGAGAGUGGCUUGAAAACAUUGACCCUUCCGACCUUCACUGUCCGGCGGGAAGAC